ACAGUCUCCAUUUGGAGGAAGACUCGCUGUAGUCUCAGGGCGUCUGAGCUUCUUCUGACCCAGGAUGGGGAAUAUGAAGUUCUGCCUAUUGCUGCUACUUAGCACUUGCGCUAUAGCCCAGCAAGAAAGUGAAUCAAAUUCUUAUCCAGAAUGUCACUUAUCUAAAAGAUUUAAAAUCUACAAAAAAUAUACAUAUCGAUAUGAAGCUGAGAUCCAGAAUAUGGUUAAUGGAACUUCCCCUCUCAUGAAUGGUCCCAAAAUAUCCUGCAAGGUUGAAAUUGAUGUGCCUGUGGCAUGUAGCUUUGAGCUCCGUACCAGUGAGUGCUCACUAACUGAGGUGGUCAGAAUGGAUGCAAAUGGGGCGCCCAUCUAUGCACCUGCUGCUGAGGCCCAAGCUUUUCAAGCAGCCAUAGAAAAGAAUGUACUUAAGUUUGUAGUGGAGGGUGAGACAGGUGUGACACUCUAUCCUGAGGGAGAUGAAACCAACAUUCUGAACUUCAAGAGGGGUAUCAUCUCUGCACUGAUUGUUCCUGUCAUGGAGAAGGAGGAGAGCAAAGACAUGGUUACUGUCCAUGGAAUAUGUGCCACUGAUGUCAAGGUCAACAGCAAAGAAAUUAUUGCCACUGAUGUCACCCUCACUAGAGACCUGUCAGGAUGUGAUACUUUCAAAACUCAAAGAAGCCACAACAGCCCUCUUGCAAUCAUCACUGGUUUGCAAUACCCUCUGUCUAAGUUGAUUGGCAGUACCCAGACCUGUAACUAUAAGUUUGACAACCAGAAGAAUCACUUGACCUCUGCCAUGUGCACAGAGAAGCACAUAUUUCUUCCUUUCUCUUACCAAAAUAUGUAUGGUAUCUCUUCUCUUGUUAAACAAGUCCUAACUCUUGAGGGAACCAGCAAGAUUAAUGACAGAGUUUUUGAUUAUCGUUCUUCCAACUCCAAACACUUGGCUUUAGAGGCAAUGGAGGAUAAAGCCCAAGCCCAGACCUCUGAGGCUCUGCUGUUCAUCUUCAGAGAGCUAAAAUCCAUGAAAGAAAAACCAAAUCGGCAGCUUAGGGCCAGGACUUUCCAGAAUUUGGUGUCUGAACUCCGUGGACUCGAGCAUGAGGUUCUACAGCAGAACAUAAUUCAGAUGGUAGAAGAGGACAAUUUUUUGACCUGGCAGGCCCUGAUUCAGUGUGGCACCCCAGAGUGUGGCAGUGCCAUGUUCAGUAUUAUGAAGACCUUUGAUGCUGAUGCCAUUGAGGUAGAUGCUGCUGUCUAUGCUCUAGGAAUGAUGCUCAGACCUAGUGGCCUCUUGGUGAAAGACAUACUGGAGUUUGCGCAGAUGAGGAAGAGCAAGCCAAUAAUGUAUGCUCUCAGCAAUGUUGUAAGGAGGCACUUCCAAGCUGAGGGUCAGCUCACCUCUGAAAUCCUUGAGGUGUCUAACUUUAUUACAUCCAUUCUUGGAGCUGACUGUGCUGGCGAAAAAGAUCUGACCUACUUGACUUUAAGGGUACUUGGAAACAUGGGCGAGGCUAUGGAAGCAGCUGAUCAUAACAUAAAGACCACUCUGCUUAAGUGUAUGAGACAGCCUGCCACUACCCUAUCAGUACAGAUGUCUGCCAUCCAGGCUUUCAGACGAAUAACUGUGACUCCUGAUGUCCGUUCCAACAUUCAGAGAGUGGCCCUUUAUGCGAAAGGUGCUGUUCAAAAGAGACUUGCUGCUUAUCUUAUCUUAAUGAAGAAGCCAGAGGCAAGUGACCUGGAGGUUGUGAGAAAGAUCCUUACCCAGGACCAGAAUGUUCAAGUCAAGUCUUUUGUGGUUUCUCAUGUCUACAACAUUAUUCAUUCCAGGGAUCCUGAAAUUAAAGAGUUGGGCAAAACAAUAGUCAAGGUCAUACAGGAUGAUGAGGUGCUUACCCACUCAAACUAUACUCAGCUCUCUCGUAACUAUAAGAUGGAUUUAUUUAUGCCAGGCAAGGAUGUCAUGGGCUCCAGUACGCAGGGAAGCAUCAUCUUUGAUCCCAGCAGCCAGUUGCCCAGAGAAGUUAUGCUUGAGACAACCCUGAAAGCCUUCGGUUACAACCUUGACUUCAUUGAGUUUGGCAUGGAGGGCAAAGGAUUUGAGCCAACUGUUGAGACUCUCUUUGGAAGCAAUGGAUUCUUCCCUGAUUCAAUUUCCAAGGCAAUGUACUGGGUUGGGGACAAAAUGCCAAAUAAAAUCAAUGAAGUUCUGCAAGAAUGGGUUGAACCCCUGAGAACAGAAAAAACUAAAAGACAGGUUCCUGAGAAUAUUAUUAGGGAAAUGGUGCGGAAUUUCAACAAGCUUGCAAAGGAUCUAUACAACCAGGACUCCCCAGAGGCUAUUGCUUACUUAAAGAUCAUGGGGAAUGAGUUGGGAUACAUCAAGAGCGCCAAUGACAUAUCAGCUGUUGUUGACAGGAUGACCACAUAUAUUCAGGCCUUCAAGAACUUUCCUGCUUGGAUUACAAAGGCCUUGAUGUCUGUAGAUCAGAACAUCUUUGCUCACUACAUCUUUAUGGAUAAUGAGUUUUUCCUUCCAACUGCCUCUGGAUUUCCCCUUAAGUUUGCUUUGUCUGGGACCUUUGCACCAGGUUUUGAGGGUGGUCUGCGUAUUGAACCUGGCAGGGGUGUACUAACUUUUUCACCCUCCAUGUCAGUUGAAUUUGUUACCCGAAUGGGAGUCCACAUCCCAAAAUUUGUUGUUUCUGCUGUGGAAAUGCAAACUAAUAUGUUCCAUGAGAGCUCUUUUAAUGCCAAGAUGACUAAUAACAAUGGCCUAAUAAAGCUGUCAAUCCUGCCACCCAAGAACACUAUGGAACUCUUCAGAAUCAGCAACAAGUUAGUAAUGGUGGCCAAACCCCUGGUCACACUUGAUCCUGAGACAGGCGACAGAACUCCCAUAAUGAACUGCAGCCCCCUUUUUUCUGGAAUCAAUUACUGCACCACUAUACUCAACUCUAAAGCCGAGAGAAAUUAUCCAUACUUUCCUCUCAAUGGAGAGUCCAGUUUUGUUUUGGGUAUCCAACCUACUGGUGACAUCACUGAGUAUACUGCAGCCUUUGCCUAUGAACUCUUGAAUGAGGGCAAGGAAGGCCGCCAAAAGGUUGAUUCUCUAAAAAUGAUUUUGAAAGCAGAAGGUACUAAGGCCAAGGAGGUGACUGCCACUAUUAAGUACAACAGGAACAAGACUAUUCUAAUGACCAGCAUUGAAAUUCCUGACUAUGAUAUUGAGGCUGGAAUCAAAGUUGGAGUCUUUGACAGCUUUGCUAAAGGAAAGAAGAUCACCAUUGAUUUCUCCAACAAAAAUAUUAACCAGUUUUCUCUCAUUGGCCGUGCAAAACUUGAGACCAUGAAAGAUGGCUUGCUGGAAACUCAGUUGAUUAUGCCCUCACUCAACACUGAGGCCACUCUUACUGCUACCAUGAACUCUGCUGAAGAUUUGACUCUGGAACUCAAGAGUAACAUCAAGCUCCCAGAUACCAACUCUGUGCAGAAGAUUACCUUAAAAUAUGCUAAAGAUGAGCUGAAGAUUGAGAUGAAGUCUGAUAUGGAUUCAGAGAUCCAAAAGCUGAUGCCUAACACAGAACCUCUUCAGAGUCACAUAUAUCAGGCCUUUGAUAAUAUCAUGGAACAUAAAGUUGUAAAGACCGACAUGAAAUUACGUCACAUUUACGCAAAACUCUGGCAGGCUUACCUUAUUUGGAUGGAUAAAAUUGCUUCUGAUGUGCCCUACCUUCAGACACUUAGAAAGAGCAUUCCAGAACUGGUUAUUCCAUCUUUUCCUGAGAGGGUGUUUAUGAACAUAGAGAGCAUUUUCAAAUACAAGUUCAACAAAGAUCAUGUCACCCUCACCAUACCUUUACCUCUUGGUGGAAAAUCCUCUGAGGACCUGAGAAUCCCUCCCACCAUGAUCACCCCAGACUUAGUUAUGCCACAAAUUAGUGGCAUAAUUCUGCCCUCUAAAACGUUCAAUCUACCAACAUUCUCCAUUCCUUCUAGUUAUGACCUCUCAAUGCCUCUUCUAGGAAUGGUAGAGGUAUCAGCAAAAGUGAACACUAACUUGUAUGAUAUAGAGGCAGUUUUUUCUGGUGGCAACAACACUGUCAAUGAGCCCAGCUACAUUACAAGCUACAAAGUAGUUGCAAAAAGUCCUGUGGAACUUCUUGCUUUUACUGUGGAAGGAUCUGCCCAAAUGGCUGACAUUACAGAGGACAUUGCAAAGUUCGACAUAAUUUCUUCCCUGAAACAUAAGCUCAUAGAUGCACGCUUCAGUCUAAUGGAAACAGUCAAAAUCACAGAUGAAGUGAAAGCAACAGGAAAUUACCAGAUAGAAGCCUUGAGCCCUCUGGGUUUGCAAAUGUCACUAAAAUACACAACCAAGGCAUCAGUUUCUUCUGAAAUUACAGGCGAUGGCAGUUUAGAUGGAUCACUAAAAGUAGGAUCAAUGUCUGCUACAACUACUGCCACACAAAAAUUUUUACUUCAACCCAAAUCUAGAGAGGGAAGAGCGGAAUCUACUUUCAGUUUAAACUGUUCCAAUUUCCAAAUACUAAACAAGAUGAAAGCUACAGCGGCCAAUGGAGAACUUUCAUUUGAGUUGAACACUGACAUAGAGAAUGACCCAGUCCACCACACCACCAAGUUCAACAUUGAACUCAAGGAAGCUAGGUUUACCAUUAAGUCCGAUGCUGUCACCAGAGCUUAUGAGACCAAGUUUCAAAAUCAGGUAGAUUUUUCUGCAACUAUGAAGGAGAUCACUAUCAGGAUUGAGUCCCAGGUUGAUGACAACACAAAACAAGCUUUCUCCCAGCUUACUGGGUCUCUAAGCAGCCAGGGACUGGAGCUCAACAGUGAUGCCACAAUCAACUUUGCUGCCAACCAUGCCUCUAAUAAAGGCACACUGUCAUUCACCAAAGAUGGUCUGACCACUAGCUGCACCACUAAUGCUCAGAUCAGCUAUGUGACCUUUGAAAACAUUUUCCAUUGUGUAAUAACAAAUACAGGUGCUACAGUGUCUGUCUCCAGCAAGGGAUCAGUCAGUGAGAACAGCGCUGAACUCAAGGUUGAAGGAAGACUUGCAAGUUCAGAAGUAUAUCUAAACAGCAUGUACAAUGGUGACAUUUUCAAUGCCAACACCAGAAACAUUAUCACUCUCAAGCUGAAUGAAGAUGGUUUAAACUUCUCCAACAAAUUAAUUGCAUCAUUUCAAGAUAUUAAAAUAGAAAACACAGACUCACUGAUAGUUACCCUCAAAUCCUUUGCCAUGCAUUCUGAAUCCAACAGCUUCCUGAAUGAGAACAACCACUACACGCAUAACAUUGCCGUUGACAUACAUGAAUUCACAGCAUCUUUAAAGGCUGAAAAUGAUCUUAAAGUAAUUGGCAUCAUCUUCAGCAAUGAGGCCCAGAUGAAGGCAGACCCCUACAAGAUGGAAGUUAUUGGAACUCUGAAGGGAAUAUUUGGUGAGGAUCAACUGAGACAUGCAUAUGAGAUCACAUAUGCUGACCAGACAGCCACUGCAAAGUGCAGCACCAAUGGAAACCUCUUGGGCAGUCAAAUCACUCAAAACUCAGAAUUUGAGAUUAUUGGUUUUUCUAUAAAGCUCAGCAAUGAAGUGCACUUCAUCUCUCCCUCUCUCCAACUGGAAAGCAACAUCUUAACUAAAGUAGAACCUUUCAUUGUGAAUGUUGAGAACUCGUUUAACUCUGAUGGAACACUUAACCUGUAUGGGAAACACAGUGGCCAGGUAAAAAGCAUGCUGCUCCUUCAAGCUGAACCUAUGUCUUGCUCAUACAAGCAUGAAUGGAAGGCCUCAACUUCUCACCAGCUGAACAAUGGAAACUCCAUUAAAACGAACUUCCAGCAUAAAAUAACCAGCACUAUCACUCCUCAGCAGCAAAAGUUUAACUUCAAUAUGGAGUCUAUGCUGAAUGACCACACAUUUGACCACUCCUUGAAAAUAUUCAACACUCUAAAUAACAUGGGUAUUGCACUAAAAGGUACUGUGUCCACCAACCUUUUAAACAAAGCCAAUGACAAUCAAGAAUUUGGCAUCACAAGUGCACUGAAAUAUGAAAAGAACAAUGAUAGUCAUUUUAUUUAUCUGCCUUUCAUUGAUAAAAUUCCUUUUCUCAUAGAGGAGGUCAAAAUUACAAUGCUCACCAUUAAAGAUCAUAGCAUUGGCCUGCUUGAUGGAACUGAUUCUAUAUAUGACAUUACAGCCACUUUUAAAAGGAAAGUAAAUGAACUUUCCCAAGUAAUUGUACAUUUUGAUGUGGACAUGUUUUUCAAUGAUGCAAAACUUUUUGCCUCUGAUAUGAAAGCUGUAGUAAUGGAAAUGUUCAAAAACCUCCAACCCAUGAGGGACUUCAUUGACAAUUUGGAGCAAAAAACUGGCAUUAUCACCAAGAUAAAUGAAAUACUCAACAUAGUUGAUGAGAUUUUGGCAGAAUAUGAGAUUGAAGCAAUAGUUGAGAAAAUCAUUGAUGAUGCUGUGAAUUUAAUGAAAAAAUAUGAACUAAGGCAAACCAUGAAAUCAGCUGCAAGUUCUUUAAACUCUCUUGACCUAAAACCAGUAUUUGAUAGAAUCUUAAAACAAAUGAAUGAGCUGACAAAAUUACUAAAUAACAAAGUCAAAGAAAUGAUGGCUUAUGAUUUUGACACUUUGGCUGAUGAAGCAAAGCAGAUGGUCACUGACCUCAUUAGGGUUCCCUGCUUUGGAAUGCUGCACGGUGAGAUUGAAAUCAAGUCCUCGGAGCACACUCUGAAGACCAGUGCUGAACUUAAUAAUGCAACAGACAGAUUGACUAUUAACCUUAAUUCUCAGUUCCAGACUCCUAUUGAUCUCUUGGCGUACACCUUUGAUGCCACUGCUCACCUUAGCAACCCCAGAAUGAAAGAGCUGUCUCUGAUUGAGACAGUGAAAGCAAAUCACAUGGCUUUCACUCUUGAUCAUGAGGGAUUCAUGUCAAUCAAUGGCCCUAUUGCCCAGGUAUCUUCCAAGACCACAGCUAAGUCAACAACAGAACCAUACAGUGCUGACUUAGUGAACAAUGCAUUUCUGAGCACAGAGAAUGGCUUCUCAGGUACUUUGGAGACCUCUUACAUCCACAGCGUGAACAUGCCAGUGGCCAACAUCUUCAGUGAAGCCACAAUGACUCAAAAAGCUGCUGCUCAGCUGGAAUCUGGAAUAAUCAUCCUUACCCUUGUAAAUAAUGGCAAAGGAAUAUUGUCUGUCUUUGAUUAUUCUGAUGAAGGAACCCAUAAGAGUAACUUGAAGAUUCUGAUGGAUGUGGAGUCCAUAAAACUGACUUUUGAUGGUGACACUGACAGCGGUCUUCACAAGAUGAAGCAGAAGGUUGAUGCUGAGACUAGGGGUUUGACUCAAAUCAAGUUUAAUGUGCAUGCAGAGACAGAAACCCCUUUCGUCAAGAGAAGUAUUGCAGCAGUGAAAGGACAGAUUUGUUUGAAGGAACCCAUGUUUGAGCUGAGUGGAUCUCACGAUGCUGAAAUGAUCGGCAAAGUUGAAGGCACCAUUACCAACUCAGUUAACUUCAAGGCUGUGCCUUUUGAAAUUAUCUUUGACACCAAGAACAAGAAAAGCAUUAAAAUAAUGCUUCCAUUUAGAUUGUCCAGUAAAAUUGAUUUGCAGAACGAUAUGGCUUUAACUCUGAAUCCUUCUGUGCAGCAGACCAGCUGGGCCAGUCUUGCUAGGUUCAAUCAAUAUAAGUAUUCUCAUUAUAUUAGCAUGGCUAAUGGUGAGAAGGAAAUUCAGUUCUCUGCAUCAGUCAAUGGUGAGGCUGACUUUAAUGUGCUGACUUUGCCGAUCAACAUUCCUAAAUUGACUGUUCCAUUCCUUAACAAAGGAACACCAUAUGUAGAGAAAUUUUCUUUAUGGGAAGACACAGGCCUUAAACAAUUAUUGAUCACACCUCAGCAGACCUUUGAUGUGGAUGCAAAGUUUAAGUAUGUGAAGAACCCUGAGAUGUUCAACAUGCAACCAGUCCUCAAUUCUAUUAUAAUACCCAUUUUCACAACUGCCAAAAUCACAUCUGAUACAUAUGAUUGUUCUUAUUUUGCCAAAAUCACUCUUCCCAGUAUUAAGGAAUCAAUUAUGAUCCCUGUCAUGGGAGAUUUGAGCUAUGACUUCUCUGUGAAAACAGCUAUGAUCAUUAUAAAUACCAAGGCUGAGAUCCUUAAUAAAAAUGGAAUUGAUGCCCAGUUUGAAACUCAGGUUAGCUCUGAGUUUAACAUACUCAAUGGCAAAACCAGUGGCUCUGUCACCUUCAACAUAAAUUCGGGGAUGAAAUUGUUUACCAAUUUGAUUGUGGAGCAUAAACAUUUUGAAAACAAUUAUAAUUUAGUUUUUGAGACCAACACAGAAGUAUCAAAGACUGUUAUUUCAAAUAUUGCAAAAGUAAAUCUUCCAGAGGUGAAAUUUAUACUUUACCAAAAUUUAACUGGAAAUACAGAAGAAGGUCUUACUGUUUCAGUAUCAUCCCCAUCUGCUGGACUCCUGGGUCUUCAGCUGCAGAGCAAGAGCUUAUCCCACCACACAGGAAGACUUUUUGGUGCAAACCCAUCUGAAGAUGAUGUGGACAUUCUAAAGGUUGACGUUGCAAUAAAGGACCCAAACAAACUAAACUUCCAGAUGCAGUGGAACAAGGAGCUCCCUGGUCAAAUUAUUUUCUGGCUUAAGACGAAAGUUGCAUCAUUAAAGGAUUUGAAAGACACAGUAACAUAUUUCAUCACUGCACUUUACAAUGACAUCAGCAAUAAGUACAAUAAGCUAGAAAGAACUAUUGAUCACUGUCUAAAAGAACUGCCUGGAAUCCUGAAAUUAAGUGUGGAGAAGGCAAAGGAGCAUGUUAGCUCUAUCAAAUUUCAAAAUCUGAGCAAGCUCUCAUCCUGGAUCAGUAAAGUAUUCUCUGAUGCUGUCAACUCCAACAUUCUGAAUGAAGUAGCUGAGCAGGCUGAGAAGACCAAGAUAAUUAUUGAAGACUACUGUAAAACUGUCAAAGCCCAGGCCCAUGAUAUUUUUGCUGAGAUGACCCUUGAACAACUGAUUGAAGAUACCCAAGCUUGGAUUGAAUCUACUGUGACCCAUCUUGAAGUUCUCAUGAACAAAAUUAUUGAGACCCUCAAGGAUACCAAAAAUAUUCAGUAUUACAUAACACUGAAUGACACAGAAUUGAAUAUUGACAUUACUAUUUUAUUCAUAAAAGAUUUAAUCAGCAGAAUGAGUUCACAUCCUUGUACCAAGACAAUAAGUAGCUAAACAAGAAAUUAAUAUUAUUGUUAUGCUCACAAAAUACAAGCUGCUGUGUAAGUAACUAAUUUAGAAGUGUUCUGUAAAGAAAAUAACUGAAUGUUAUGAUACUGUAUUUAACAAGCAAUGUUAAAGUACCAAUAAAAAAAAAACAUUUUUACUGCA